AUGUUUUACUUCCAUUGUCCUCCUCAGCUGGAAGGUUCUCCUCCAUUCGGGGGACAUUCGGCAACUGAAUUUGAUGAUGGAUUUCUACGCAGGAAACAGCGGAGGAAUCGAACCACUUUUACUCUGCAACAGCUGGAAGCACUAGAGGCUGUUUUCUCUCAGACUCACUAUCCUGAUGUGUUUACCCGAGAAGAGCUUGCCAUGAAAAUUAACUUGACAGAAGCCAGAGUGCAGGUAUGGUUUCAGAAUCGAAGGGCAAAGUGGAGAAAAACUGAGAGGGGUAGUUUCGAACAAGAUGGUUCAAAGGAAGGUACUGCUGAAGUUACCUCUCCCACCAGAAACCUUAGUUCACCUCCUUCAGGUGAUUCUGCAAGGGGCAAAAAGGAAAACUUGGAUGCACAGCAGAGCUUGGGCAGAGCAGUUCCUCCAGCAACAUCAUUCUUUCCAUCUUGUUUGCCAGGAGCUUUGUUAAACACUGCCAGCUAUGCCCAAGCCUUGUCACAUGUUGCAUCUCUGAAAGGUGGUCCUCUGUGUUCCUGUUGUGUGUCCGACCCUCUGGCUCUUUCUUUUCUCCCCCCUUAUAGCUGCCAGAGCCACCGUACAGCAAGCGUGGCAGCUCUACGAAUGAAGGCAAGGGAGCACUCUGAGGCAGUCUUGCAAUCUGCACAGUUACUUCCUCCAACUGGAAGCAGUUCUGGUGCUCCAAUAAUAACUCCACAAGAAGAUGUGCAGAGAGAAAGAACAUCUCAGGUUCAAGAGCAGAAAGAAAUGGACAAAAGCAUAUGA